AUGGUUUUCGUGCUUCUCCUGGCUGCCUUCGGGGCGCUCCUUUCGGCUCCGUCGCACUCCCAGCAGCUGCACUGCCUCUACGAGUUCUACGACGCUCUCCAGGGGGAUUCGUGGUGGGUCAGAAACAACUGGCCGGCUUCCACCCAGCGAACAGAGGAUGAGGACUAUUGCCAGUUCUACGGGAUUACGUGCGAUUCGUCCGGCAAUGUUGAGGGGAUCACGAUGCCUGGGAACAAUCUCUUCGGAGUCCUUCCCACGUGCAUCAUCAACUUCCCCUUGAAGGUGCUCUCCGUCCCGCACAAUAGGUUGCGAGAGUCCAUCCCAUAUAUCAAGAACGGCAUCGAGGUGCUGAACCUGGAGGAUACCGAAAUCAUGGUUCUGGCGACUGACAUGCAAGCCUGGACGACUGUCCGUGAGAUGAACCUUCACAAGGGCCACUUCGGGCGGAUGCUCAUUCCCAACGACUUCAUCUUCUACAGCAAUAUGGAGAACCUCGACUUCUCUGACGCCGGGAUAGGCUUCUACGCCUGGGGCCUCGACUUCACGACCAUCAGCACUCCAAAGCUCAGCCUCGCCGGCAUGGAUCUCUCAGAAUACAUCAUGAGCAACGUCGCAAAAGACCAGAUGAAGGCCUUGGAUGUCUCCGGGACCUGGGUAAAGUACCGUAUAAAGGACUUUAAUAAGGACUUCCUGGACGUCUAUAACAUGGUUCACAUGCCCUUCCAGUACACACUCAUGUCCUCCAUCAUUAACUUCUCAACGCUUAUCGAUAUGUCAAGCAAGGACGUUCGCUCCAUCAACAUCCGCGGGACUAACACCACCGGUGUGUUUGACCCGGAGAAGUGGAUGAACUUUGUCGUGAACCAAACCAGGGAUGACUUCUACAUGCUCGACAUGUCCUACAAUGGUCUCAGUGGCUACGGGCCGACCCUGCAGCAGUACGAGACGGUUCUCGCACUCAAGCCGAGUGCUCGCUAUCUCUCGCUCGAGCUCAACUCGUUCUUCUGCGAUUACAAGGAGAGCAGGAUGUUCGGGUGCAGUCGCCUCCGUAUUUACGACGCGUAUUACCUUGCCAGCUAUGAGCGCCUCAUGGUCCUUGUUGACUAUUCCCACUUCGCAUAUGCACCCCUCAGGGAUCUCCAGUACCACAUGAGUGUUAUCUUCCGCAAUAUCACGAAGUACAAGACAGAGACAGACCCGAUAAAGCGUAUCCAGAACAUAGAGACAUAUAAUUACAUUCACGCCCGCAGCAGUGCCGGCCUUGGCUACUUCUGUGUUGACGUCACGAUACCGUACGACGAGGCAGUGGCUCUUGGGCUCCUCGAGAUGAACAAGACAUUUGUUGGCAUUCUCUACGAUGGCCAUCUGAUCAGCGGGCGCUCCUUCAAUCUCGUUCAUGAAGUAGGCCUCGACAAGGACAGUUCUGCGGUGGACGCCUCUGAGAAACCCGGCCGCCGCUGCACAAUCCCCUCUGGGUGCACUGUCGACGAAGACUAUGACGAGACCAAGGACCCGGUUCCUGUCCCUGCUCUUUCGCAUAAGCUGUCUACGCACGACGAGGACCAUAGGAAGGAUGUCGCCAAGAGGCUUAUUUCUGGCGCCAAGAAGGCGGAGAUGAAUCUCACGUGGACAUACCUUGCUCACGAGUCUGAGCAGAAGAUCGCUGUUGACACCUUUGCGAUGUCCAGGUGCGGAGACUUCUAUGAGCGCCUUAACACAGUCAUCCUGCCCCUUUUCGAUAAGUAUCCUGAGAUCACUGAAAUAGCGCAGUUCAAACACUUCAGUAUGUCCGAGUACAAUCCUAGGUACUCGAAUGGCGGUCUUUCCAAGCACGGGUAUGAGGAGGUUAAGGGUGACAUUCAGCUCCUCUGCGCCCAGGAGUACGUCGAUACACACACAUUCUACGACAUCCUCAAGUGCCUCUCGACGGAGGGCGGAAAGACCGCUCUUCCGCGCAACUUCGAGCACUGCCUGCAUCAAGUUGCCUCUGGCAAGGAGCUUCUCAACAAGAUAAUAUACUGCUCCAAUGGUGAGUUCGGCAGGGCGCUUCUUGAGUAUUCUUAUAAACAGAAGCACAAGAUGUCUGUUGCCAACUCUCCCGACAUCUUUAUUGGCAAGAAGAUGGUGUGCCACGGGACCAUGGCUUACUGUGUGACCACCGACGCGGACUCUUUUGCCCAGCAGAUUUGUCAGGCCUUUAUCCGCGAGAAGAACUACACACCCGACAUCUGUAAUAGUAUCUUGAGCUGA